AUGCUUGCACCGCUCAGAACCCGUCUUCCUUGGCUACUGCUAGCCACCACCCACCUUCCCGCAUCGCUCGCUUCCUCCUCGACCUCUUCGAACUACAAGGCCCGAAGAAUGGCGACUGGACCACCUGCGCUCGAGAGUGGGAUCGCUCUGUACUCGUACAGGACCCCGAAUGUACUCAAGAUCAAUGUCGCCCUCGAAGAGCUCAAGUCGCUCGGCAGCCCCCUCACCUGGGUCGAACACCCCAUCGACAUCUCCCAAAACGUCCAAAAACAACCCUGGUUCCUCGCCGAAAUCAACCCGAACGGCCGCAUCCCCGCUAUGGUCGACUACAACCGCGGCGCACAACGCGUGUUCGAGACGGGAAGUAUCUUGUUGUAUUUGAGCAGGUGGUAUGAUGCCGAGAGGUACUUGUUGCACUUUGAGAACGACAGGGACGAGACGGAGAUGGUUUCGUGGAUAUUCUUCCAGCACGGCGGCUACGGUCCGAUGGCAGGCCAAGCAGGCCACUUCCUCAACGCCGCGCCCGUCAAAGACCGUUACGCUGCUCGGAGGUACAUAGACGAGUCGAAGCGGUUGUUGCAGGUGUACGAGACGAGGUUGGCCGAGGGGCAGGGGAGGGAGUUCUUGGUCGGAGAGGGGAGGGGAAAGUUCAGCUAUGCGGACAUCGCCUCCUUCUCCUGGAUCCGCGCGCACCCCUUCUCCCUCGCCCUCCCCUCGCUCACACAUGCCGGCUACCCGCUGCUCGACUCCUGGGUCCGUCGCAUCGAAUCCCGUCCAGGCGCGGCGAAAGCCGUGGAGGGGGAUAUGAUUAGUCGGUUGAAGGGCGAGGAGGGGUGGGAGGAGAAGGUGAAGGAGAAGGGGAGGUGGGUUUGGGAAGAGGAGGAGGGGCAGAAGGAGGGGAGGAAGAGGGAUGAGCUGUAG